AUGGAUGAAACAAUCUCUAGUGAUCUCAUGCAUAAUAUGAGCGAUGAAGAGCUUCUUUGGCGAGUGUCUUCGGCCAAGUUUCCACCUUCCUCUGCUUUCUAUCUUCGCCAUUGGGAAGUUUGGAGAAUGGGGAAGAAUGACAAUGUGCGAUGCAGAGAGGAGGCUUCUUGCAAACGCGAUAAGAAUGAUUCUUUUUUCCUCUUAGAUUCAUGCAUUCCCUCCUAUCUACGGUUACAUACUUACAUAACCAAAUCAAAACACAUAUUUAUGGGUUCAUUUGAUGAUCGCAGUCCCUACGGCCGAGGCCGCUACAACGGCAACAUGUCCCUGAAGAUUCCAUAA